AACCAACCAGCACAAUCUCUUACUCUACUAUUGCAUCCUUCGAAGAAACGGUCAUUGAGAUCCAAGGGACAUCGUCCCUCUUCCGACGACCUUCAAAGCAACCCUCAACAGAACAGACCCUCAGCAACCCCAACCCUCCAAAGAAACCACACCCCAAACCCGGGCAUCUACCAAUCCAACCACUUCCCCCCACCCCAAGCAUACAAACGAGUACAAACAAAGCGGAAAUAAAUAAAUAAAGAGAGAGAGAGAGAAAGAGAGAGAGAGAAACAUGCAAACCCCCACCCUAACACACACGCCCCUAACCCGCACCCUCCUAAUCUACACGAUCGCCUCCUCCGUGCUCCUCUCCAUCCUCGACAGCAAACACCUCGCCAGCAUCCACAUCUCCCCGCACUUCUGGCCGUACGGGCAGUUCUGGCGCGCGCUGAUCUGGCAGGUCGCGGGGUUCGCGAAUUCCACGGAGGCGCUGUUCGCCGCGCUGCUGGUUUAUAAUUUGAGGGUUGUGGAGAGGGGGUGGGGGGGACGCAAGGUUGCUACAUUCAUCCUCUCAACACUGCCCUACACGACCCUCCUCCCGCCGCUACUACUCACCGUUGUGCUUCGCCCGCUCACGCUGCACAAGCUCAACUACCUCCCCUCCGGUCCGACGGCUACGUUGUUUGCCCUGCUGGUGCAGUAUUAUGUGGAGGUUCCGCAUACGGUUUCCUAUCGCGUAUCUACCUCCUCUUCAUCACCAUCUUCUACCUCUCCGUCUACAUCCUCCUCGACGAACCCUGCAACAAACCCCACCGAAGAUCAAAACCAACACCAACAAGAAACAGACAAUAAGGGCAUGGGGAUCCUCCUAACCGACAAAUCCCCCGUCUACCUCGUCGCGGCGCAACUCGCCCUGUCCCAGUUCCCGGCGAUGUUUCUCCCCGCGCUGAUAGGCUGGGGUGUGGGGCUUGCGUGGCGCGCGGAGGUGCUGCCCUUUUUGGGGUCCUCUGGGAGGAGAGGUGGUGGUGUUGGUGGGUGGAGGGUCCCGGCUUGGGUUGUUGGGGAGAGGGAUUCUGGUUCUAGGUCUGGGUUUGCGAGUUCGAGGUCUGGUGGGGAGGGGGGCAGGUAUGAGGGGUUGAGGAGGAGGUUGGAGGGGGAGGCUUCUGCUGUUGCUUCUGCUUCUUCUGCUGCUUCUGCUGCGUCUGGGAGUGGAGAGGGGAGGCGGAGGAGAGAUUGA